AUGAACAACCACUUAUCAUUCAUGAAUCCACAACCCAACAACAACACACAUACAAACUCCAUUAUUCCUGCAAUUUCUUUGGAUCCAAACAACACCCUUCAAUAUAAUCCUGAUCGUUCACUUCAACUCGAAGCUACGUCUUCAAAUACGGCGAAUGUGGCUGUGGCUGUGGCUGUGGCUGAGGCUGAGGCACCGGUGCAAGACUGUGGACGUGAGAGACUGAAGAAGCAUAGGAGCGACGUCGCGGGAUGGGUUCUGAUACCAGAUAAAUGGGGUCAAGAGGAGGUUAUGAAGGAAUGGAUUGAUUAUUCUUCCUUCAAUGAGCUGUUGGCGCCAAGUGGACUUAUGUCGGCUCGCGAAGCACUGGUCGGAGAAGGAAGAAGAGCAAGGUCGAGAGGAUUCACUACCAUAGAGUACUAUGGAGAGAGGUUUUGA